UCUUCGGACGGACUAACCUGUGAGGUGAGGUCUUGCGACUGCCGCGCGCAAAUCUUGCCAAGGCUCGUACGUCGUGGUCCCGCGCUCUGCAUUUCCCCGGUUGUUCCUCUCCAGCCAUGUCUUACCCUGUGAGCCUGCCGUCCGACAACCCAAUUGUCACGCUCACCCAUCCGACACCGAUCAUAUGGAUCCUUGAGCUGCACAACGGCGAGGACAGUCGGAUCAACGAGACCCUCAUCGACAAGGCGUUGCAGCCCGCGCUGAACAUCGUUGAACGCGACUGGCGCGAGGGGUGGCGCGCAGCGCGGAACGCGAAGGACAAGGAGGGCGGACGCGGUGCGCUGAUCAUCGUCGGGAAGAGGGGCCAGGACAAGUUCUUCAGCAAUGGACUGGAACUCGACAAGCUCACGAGUAACCCGCACACUGCGCACAACUUCACGCCUCUCGUACACAAUCCUUUCCUCAGGAGGCUUCUGGCAUUCCCUAUCCCUACCGUUGCCGCAAUCAACGGCCACUGCUUCGCCGCAGCUAUGAUCCUCGCGCUCUGCUGCGACUAUCGAGUGAUGACGGACGGGAGCAGUAAGCGUGCGUGGAUAUGCAUGAACGAGAUACACUUCGGCGCCGCCUACCCACUCUCCUUCGCCGCCAUCAUCCGCGCGAAAGUCCCGGACCCUCGCACGCAACGCAAGGUCGCGCUAGAGGGGCACCGCUUCACGCCUCCGGAGGCCUUGCAAGCUGGCAUUGUCGAUCAUCUUUGCAAGGGCGACACAGAGGCUGUCAUCGCGAAGGCCCGAGCGGUAGGCGAGUCGGUUGCACAGAUGGCCUCAGCUGGGGCAUGGGGUGUCAUCAAGCGCGAUCUGUACCGGGAUGUUUUGGAGGCCUCUGCGAGAGAUAUUCUUCUGCAGACUAUUGACGCGGAUGAUGCAGCCGCGAAGGCACGGCUAUGAACACAGUAUACUUAUAUCUGCUGGGAGUUGUAUUUAGCACUGACCGUUGUGAUACUGACACUUCAAUGGCUCCGCACCCACUAUAUGCCCGCUUUAGGAAGGUGAACUA